AUGUGUAUAACGCUCAUCCACGAGCGACUGAAGCGUUUUGAGAAGCGAAGCCCCAUCCCCGUCCAAGAGCACGCAGCAAGUCUGGCCUCAGACUUGGCAGAGGAGCUGAUAUACCAAGGCUGGAGCGAUGAAGUCAAAGAACUUGUUGCCCUCUUUUCCAAACCCCACUUUAAGAGUCUCCUGUCGGUUCAUGAUGCUGUAGCUCAGAGAGACUUUGAGCCUACUCUGCCACCAAUACCUGAUGACGUACUGGAGGAGGAUGAGGACUCAGUCAAAAUUGUCAGUCUGGUCAAAACCAAAGAGCCCCUGGGGGCAACAAUUAAGAAGGAUAAAUCCACUGGGGCGAUUGUUGUGGCGAGGAUCAUGAGAGGAGGAGCAGCUGAUAAAAGCGGCCUGAUCCAUGAAGGAGAUGAGCUGAAAGAGGUGAAUGGAGUCCCACUGGAGCACAGGAAACCGAAGGAAGUCCUUUCUCUUCUGGCUCGUUCUCAGGGUGAAGUUCGAUUCAAAAUCAUUCCUGCCUCCUCUAAGGAAGAAAUGUCAUCAAAUAAGAAGAAGCUGUUUUUGCGGGUUCUUUUUGACUAUGAUCCUGACGAGGAUCCCGCUGUUCCGUGCAAGGAUGCAGCUGUAGCCUUUAAAAGGGGCGACGUCCUCCAGAUUGUCAGCAUGGAGGAUGACACAUGGUGGCAGGCCUGUCACCUCGGGGACAGCAGCACUCGGGCAGGGCUCAUCCCCUCGCAGCAGCUCCAUGAGAGGAGAGUUGCGCUACAGCGACCAAAAGCGCUGUUCAAGCCUCGACGAGUCAAACCUCCAGAUGAGGCGGAAGUCGUGGAGGAUGUAGACUACGGAGCUAUAACAGGGAUCCACAUUGCUGGUUUAAGAAGGAGUUUUCGACUUGGGAGAAAGAGCAGUUGGGCCAGAGAAGUGGCUCGCUCCAGGAGGUGGAGCACAGGGGUACACGGCUCCGUUCGACCCCCUACCUACAUAGAGGUGAUCCCCUAUUACAAAGACCCCAAGGACAGACACCGUCUGGUCGUUCUGGUUGGGCCCAACGGCGUCGGCGUUAAUGAACUGAAGAGGAGGCUCUUGAUAUCCGACCCUGACCACUAUGGCGUCACUGUACCGCACACCACACGUGAGAAGAGAAGGCAGGAGAAUGAAGGGGUGGAUUAUCACUUUGUAUCAAUUCACAUGUUUGAAGAGGACAUUCUCAAUCAUAGGUUUAUUGAAUAUGGGAAAUACAAUGGACAUUACUAUGGAACAAGUCUAGACUCUGUGCACAGAGUGAUGGCUGAGGGCAAGGUGUGCCUCCUGGAUGUGCACCCUAGUAAAAUUAAGCAUGUGUACACAUCUGAAUUCAAACCAUACGUGGUGUUCGUGAAGCCCCCACGUAUAGAGGAGCUACGCCUCACCAGACGGAGAACUAAAUUCCUCUGCGGCGAAGAAGACAAGAACUCAGUCAGGAUCUUUUCAGAGGAGGAUUUUGAGGACAUGAUUGACUUGGCUGAGACCAUGGAGAGGCAGUGCGGUCACUUGUUUGACAAGGUGAUUGUUAAUGGCGAUAUUGCGGUGGCGUUCAGAGAGCUGAAGGCAGACCUCAAGAAGGUAGAAGAGGCAGAAGUCCAGUGGAUUCCUGCAGAGUGGAUUUGCUCCUCACCAACAAAAGCACGGAGAAGUUGUGGUCACUUAGACAGCUGGAUUUGAACAUUGAACUCACAAAGAAAGAAAAAAGAAAAGAAGGACAAA